GCGAUGCGCAGCGCAUCAGAAAAACCUAAAACCUCAGCAACUCGGUGACAAAAUAACUGGGUUAUGGUGGCGAGAGGAGCCUGCUGUAUUGUUCAACAAUUAGGGACGCGGUUACGAAUUUGCGAUCGGGGUUAUGCGUAUUAUAUCAACAAUAUCAGACACCGGGAACUACGGCCGAUUAAUUGUUGGAUACAGUUUGGAAACAACAAUAUGUGGAAUCAAUAUUUGAGCAGCCUGAAAGCAGAAUAAUUCGGAUAUUAUGGCACCAACCCGUUGGCGGCCAUAGAGCAGAAGCAGAGUGUAUUCUGAGCUCCAUGUUUCUUCUGGGGAAGCCCUAGCACCGGUGUUCCUCGCCUCCCUCCCUUUCCUGUCGGCGGUGGCUCCCCCUGUGGGACCAUGUCGGCAGCUCAGACUCAGAAAGACAGCGAUGGUCCGUGGGGCCUGGAUUCCCUGGGCCUGAGCCAGAGAGAGCUGGUACUGGCCGAAGCCCUCCAGAUGGAAUAUGAUGCUCUGUCCAGACUCAAGCAGGACAAGGGGGUGGACGGCCAGGGGCCUAGCAGCCAGGGUGUGGGCAGAGUGCCCGUGCUGCCCCCUCGGGAGAGCCAGAGCCAUGGCCCCGCCCUCCCGCCCCGUCCCGGCCACAGUCCUCCCGGAGGGGGAAGCUUGCUGAGAGGGCUGUCUGGCUCUGACCCCUCCCUCGACCACCUCCAGCCUGGGGGGUCCCACUCUCCGCGGCCCUCCCCAGCCAGGUCCACCCCUCCACGGGACAUCUACAGGAAAGAGCCGCUCUAUAUCUUGGAGAGUCCAGGAAAGGGAGACUACCUGAGCUCCAGCUAUGGGGGGUCAGGGUCUAGCUAUGGUCCUCUUUUGGCCCCCCCAAAAGGCUUCCACCCUCCUCCAGGUGACGUCCCCCCCACUGUACCGCCCAGAACCCCCCUUGCCCAGUCGUCUGAGUCCCUCCUGGCCCCCAGACAAACUACAGUUCCCCGGGAUGUCAACCUGUUCACCCCUGAGGUGGACCAGCCCAAACUGUCGUCCGGGGAGAUGCUUAGUUACGAGAGCCUCAACGAUGCCCUCUCCAAACUCAAUGGGGAUUGGUCGUCGCCAAGGGGUAGGCGGGCCAACGGAGACCAGUCAGGGAAGCCGGUAGCUCGGAGUAAGACCCUCCCCCCUCAGGUGCCCCCCCGUACAUAUGUACCUGUGCAGAAGAGUAACAAGAACCACCGCCGAGUGUCGGCCGACCCGGUGUCCCUGGGUCCCAGGAUGAACGGUUUUGGCUACGAACUCUUCCAGGUGUCGGAGGAGAGAGACGAGGAGGUGGCUGCCUUCUGUCACAUGCUUGACGUGUUGAGGUCGGCACAUCCGUGCAGCGUCCAUUCUAAGAACUCUGGGUUUGUGUGGUCACCCUCAGUGGGGCCCGAAGAGCUUCAGCAGGGGUUAGGGGUCAGCGUCAAGGUUACGGUCAUCAGUGAUCACUUCAGAGAACCCAUCACCUUUACCUGUGACGUGUCAUCAACGGUGGACCUGUUGAUCUACCAGACGUUAUGUUACGCUCAUGAUGACCUCGACCACAUUGAUGUUGACCACUAUCUCCUCAAAGUCUGUGGUCAGGCCGAGUUCCUACAGAAUUCCCAGACGAUGGCAGGUUUGGAGUAUAUUCAGCAGUGUCUGAAGUUUGAUUGGGACAUUUGUCUCUUUCUUACCAAGAGAGGAUCUGUCAACACUGAACUGUGUCGCACUGAGGAAGAUGAUAAGACUGCCUCUACGAUGAACCACAGCAUCCUGCUGCAAGAGCGACCAAUCAAACAGACUGUUACUAGAGAGGCUUUGACUCUACUGCUGGAUACCUUUCACAACGAGGCUGAAUCCUUCCUUUUGUCAGAGGUGGAGAUGAGCUUACACGUAGAACGGCUCGUCCAAUCAGUGAAGGCUCUCUGCAGCUCACUGGCAGCUGUAGAAACGCCUGACAUCACUUCUGCCCUCAACCAGCUGCCUGCCUGCCCUUGUCGUCUGCAGCCAAGAGUUCAGAAAGAUCCAUCAGUGCUGAUUGUUAGAGAGAACCGAGAGAAAGUGGUGGAGAAGCUGACAGCAGCGGUUCUGGAUCUGGUGGAGUUGUACUGCAGCACGUUCAACGCCAAUUUUCACACCACACCGCAGAGCAGCCGCCACACGGCCCCCACCCAGGAAGCCGGGCUGGUCACCAACGUGCUGUCCUUCAGUGUCUACGCGGCUCACCGUAUCCCAAUCACAUGGGCUGCCAGCUAUGAGGGUUUUUUCCUGUCCUGCUCCCUGACCCAUGGAGGGGAGGAGCUUUGUGCCCCACAACACACAAGCAAACAGCAGGUCAGCAAGUACCUGUUUCACCUGGUGGUCUGGGAUCAGAGGGUGUGUUUCCCAAUCCAGAUCAACCAGUUACCAAGGGAGACCCAGUUGACGGUAACUCUGUACGCGAGUGCUCUGCCGCCCCCUGGAGGUGCGGAGGAGAAGGGCAGCAAACAGCGUCGCAGCAUUGAACCUCUGGGAUGGGUCACCAUGCCCCUGUUCAACUUCAGACAUAUCUUGACGUGUGGGAGGAAGUUAUUGGGACUGUGGCCUUCAACUCCAGGAAGUAAGGCUCGCUCUAGCUCCCCGAACUUCAGCCAGCCUGACAGCGUCAUCCUGCAGGUGGACUUCCCCACGUCGUCGUUUGAGGUGCUCUUCAGUACGCCGGCUCCCGGUGAGUUCUGCCCCCAGUAUGACUUCUCCAGACUGGACCAGCACAGCCAGAGACAACUGCAGGAUGUUCUGCACAAGAAAUCACUCUUCUGGCUAACACCAGAGGACAAGCGUCUCUUGUGGGAGAAGCGUUCCUUCUGCCAGACGGAGAGCGGCGCUCUGCCCCUGGUGCUCGCCAGCGCCCCCCGCUGGGAGUGGGCGUGUCUGCCAGACAUCUACGCCCUGCUCCGCCAGUGGGCGUGUCUCAACCACCUCGACGCGCUGGGCCUGCUCCAUGCCACGUUUCCUGAUCAGGAGCUGCGGCGGACAGCGGUGCAGUGGAUGGACUCCAUCUCUGACCCCGAACUGCUGGACUUCCUACCGCAGCUGGUGCAGGCCCUGAAGUAUGAGUGUUACCUGGACUGCCCGUUGGUACGGUUUCUGCUGCGGAGAGCUAUAGGAGACGUGCGAAUUGCACACUACCUUUUCUGGUUGUUGAAGGACAACCUUCAGGAUAGUCAGUUCAGUGGGCGGUACCAGCACCUGUUGGCGGCCUUGCUCUGCUGUGUGGGCCGAGGUCUGAGGGAGGAGUUUGACAGACAAUCGUGGCUGGUCUCCAUCUUGGCUAAAGUAGCCCAGGGUGUCCGGGAUGCAUCUCCGUCUGGCAGGCAGACCGUGCUUAGGGAGGGCCUCGAGGAGGUCAAGCAGUUUUUCUCUGUCAACAGCAGCUGUCGGCUCCCUCUCAACCCUGGCCUGCUGGUCAAAGCCAUCAACAUAAAGUUAUGUUCUUACUUCAACUCCAACGCUGUUCCCCUAAAACUGUCCUUCCAGAACAUGGACCCUCGAGGAGACAACAUCAACGUCAUCUUCAAGUCAGGAGACGACCUCCGCCAGGACAUGCUGACCCUGCAGAUCAUCCGCAUCAUGAACAAGAUCUGGAUCCAGGAGGGACUAGACAUGAGGAUGGUCAUCUUUAGAUGUUUCUCUACUGGACGAGGCAGAGGCAUGGUAGAGAUGAUUCCUCAGGCUGAGACUCUCAGGAAGAUACAGGGGGAACAUGGUGUGACUGGCUCCUUUAAGGACCGCCCCCUGGCAGAUUGGCUCCAGAAACACAACCCAAAAGAGGAUGAGUACGAAAAAGCUGUGGAGAACUUCAUCUACUCUUGUGCUGGUUGUUGUGUGGCUACCUACAUCCUGGGUAUCUGCGACCGCCACAACGACAACAUCAUGUUGAAAACCAGCGGGCACAUGUUCCACAUCGACUUCGGCAAGUUCCUAGGACACGCCCAGAUGUUCGGCAACAUCAAACGGGACCGGGCUCCGUUUGUGUUCACCUCUGACAUGGCCUAUGUCAUCAACGGAGGAGACAAACCUUCCAGUCGCUUCCAUGACUUUGUAGACCUGUGCUGUGAGGCCUACAAUCUCAUCCGCAAACACACACACCUCUUCCUCAACCUACUGGGACUGAUGUUGUCGUGUGGAAUUCCUGAGCUGUCAGACUUGGAUGAUCUGAAGUAUGUCUACGACGCCCUGAGACCUCACGAGUCUGAGGAAGACGCCACAAUGUACUUCACCAGAUUAAUUGAGUCCAGUCUAGGCAGCGUUGCCACUAAGUUGAACUUCUUCAUCCAUAACUUAGCCCAGAUGAAGUUUGCCUCAUCCGAGGAACGUCCUGUGCUCUCAUUUGCCCCACGUGUAUACACCCUCAAGACCGAUGGACUCAUCCGGAACCUCUUUGUCUGCCAACACAUCCGGACCUACAGCCCCAGCAAAGGAUAUAUGUUUGUGGUGAAGGUGGAUCGAGAGGGCCAGCAGGGGUCAGUGUUGGUUCAAAGGAGCUUUGAGGAGUUCUACGAACUACACAAUAAACUGCGUCUCAUCUUCCCCUCAUCCAAAUUACCCAGUUUUCCUAGCCGUUUUUUGAUUGGGCGCUCUCGAGGAGAGGCGAUGGCUGAUAGGAGGAAAGAUGAGCUGAAUGGAUACGUGUGGCAUCUGGUGCAUGCUGCACCUGAGGUCGCCCAGUGUGACCUCAUCUACACUUUCUUCCAUCCUCUGCAAAGAGACGAGAAACCUGGAACAGUGGUGAACGCACUGCAGAGCAAACCUGCAGCAGAGUUAUGCUGGCCGCCAGUCUCUGGUAAAGUGGCCGGUGAGGUCAAGCUGUCCAUCACCUACAAGAGUGACAAGCUGUUCAUCAUGGUCAUGCACAUACGAGGCUUGCAACCCCUGCAGGACGGGACAGACCCUGACCCGUAUGUCAAGCUGUACCUCCUCCCAGACCCGCAGAAAACCAGCAAGAGGAAGACCAAGGCCGCACGGCGCACCUGCAACCCCACCUACAAUGAGAUGCUGGUGUACGACCGCAUCCCCCGAGGGGACCUGCAACAGAGGGUAAUACACCUGAGGGUGCUGGGGGAUGGUGCAUUCUGGGAAAACACCCUGCUCGGCCAGGCCUUCAUCCCCCUGAAGACUCUGACGCCCGGGCAGUGCUGGGCAGACUGGCACCAACUGAGCAUGCCCAGCACAGAGUCCGCACGCUGAGAUCGGGAGGUGGAGGGUGAGGGAGCCAGGAAUGACUGAUCAGGUCAGAGUGGUCUAGCCUCUUAGGGCCACUUUAUUCCCCCAGUGGGGGUGUCAUUAUCCCUAUCCUGGCCAGGCUGGACGUGUGUGUGUGUGUUGCUAGAAUCACUGACGGUCAGUUGUCACUGAACACUAUAUCCAUGGGACUGUAAUGAAGCUGGCCUCAGACCACAAGAAGAAGUGAUACCGGCACCAGGGAAGAUGAUCAGAUGACCCGUCUGUUUGUCUGGUAACAACAUGGCUUCAAAGGAACCGUGUGAGGAAGCACAAGGCAUUAUUGCUCAGUGAAAAUAUGGCCAGAAGGCAGCUUCACUAGCGACAUUAACCUGAGAUUCUCCAAAAAGCACCUGUCGUCGAGGUCUGUUGUGGUUCUCGUUAAACGACAAGGGAGAUGUAUAUUUUUAUGUCCUUUACCGUUGCUUUGACACAAUUUUAGUCGACCCGGCUGUAGAAUUUUAGUGAGGAAAUUGGCAGCAAUUCACCAUAUAUUCACUUGAAUGAUGUCCACAGUCUGUCACAUCACAGUCUGUUGAUCAAAUGGGCUUAUAGAGGCUUGCUCUAGUUUGGUGAAUUCCGCCCUAGUCUUUAUCAUUUCCCUUUAGCUAGGGCCAAUGGAAAGCUGCCUGGCUCACCGCCUGGUUAAACGGAUGUAUUAAUCCCCUUCCAAGUUGUCUUUCAAAGGGAAACCUUAAGUUAUUGCUUUCACAAACAUUAUCCUUCUGUUAGUUCAGCAGUAUUUUGAGCUCAGUUUGAUUGUGUGGUGUACGCAUCGAUUUGUGUUUCCCCCCCCCGGGUUAAUGUAAUGAUAUGUGAAUGGUGUUGUUAACAGUCAGUCAGUUGAUGCUUUUGUUCUGUUGUGGUGUGAAGAUGUACAUGACCCCUGUGACCUGCCUGUGGUAUGUCAGGACCCUAAAACUAGCAUUAAUGUCAUGGUCCAUGUCACUCCAGUCUGAUUCUGUAGCUCUAACUAGUCUACUGUACAACAGGUAGGAACGGUGUGUGUGUGUGUGUGUGCGCGUGUGCGCGUGGGUGCGAGUGUGACCCGUUGGUGAGUAGCUGUUGUAAUCCAAGCUGUACCUAUGAGCUUUAUUUGAACAGUUGAUGGGCACACAAUUAACGAUUUGCAUUUCAAGUGUAGUACUGUAUAUUGAAUAAACAAAGCUGUCUUUGGGGAGAAACCUAAUUGUUAGUAUUAUUUUAUUUUUUGCAUGUGUGCUUCUAUACAACCAACGUCUAAGUGGGGAACAUUAAACGGUUUCCUGGAGCCACAGACAGAAUCUGUUUGUCUGUAUCACAAAGAAAACCGUGUCAACUGGGGAACGCCAUUAAACUGCAUGCAGUGGAAUUAUUGCACUCUGUCAAACUUCAAAGGGAUCCUGCUUAUGUCUUGUCCCGUGAUGUAAGAGGAAACACAGAAACAACAAUGAUCGUGUGUUACGUCGCGCGUAUCUGAAAGGCCCCGUCUUCAGGAACAUUGUUCUGCUCAUUUGUGUUCUGCCGUGGGGAGAUUGAUUGUCAUUUGGUAGUUUACCAUAGUUGGAGGUUCACAACCGGACUUUAUUGACAGCAAUGUUUUCCUCUCAUUUUGUUGUGAGAUAUACACAUUGUCUCUGUUUCACUUUGGCAUAACGACUGUGACCUCUUGCAAUGGAUCGUUCCAUGAAUUGAGUACAUUCUGGUAGUGUAACUUGGUGAUAUAUCAAAGGGAUGCAUGAUAUAUUUUAUUUGUGGAACAACCCAUUGGAUUUUGGGCAAUGUAAUAGAAUAACACAUCAGUUUUCUUCAUUCACCACUAGAGGAAAGUUUAUCACAUUAAUUAUCACCAGGAGUUUCGACCUGACCAGGAAGUGACCUGACCAUGAACACCUGCCAGUAACUAGGGCCAGGUUUGUUCCUGCUCAUUUACAUGGUCAUGGCCAUAUGGUAAACCAUUUAUUUUCUCAAAUAAAUCAUCUGUAAGUUAUUACAAUUCAAUGGUGUCUUUGUUUUUCAAAUAAUUCUGAAAUGUAAUAUCAGUUUUUUGGACCUUGUACCAGCAUCCUUUGCCAAUUGAAAUGUUUUAUACAAUUUUGAUUUGAUUAGAUUUGACAUACCAUCAGACUCCAUGUUGCUGACAAAUUUACCAGCCUUGUUUUGAAAGUAUUUAUUAAAGGGAUCAAUCAGGAUUUUGGCAAUGAGGCCCUCAAUUUAUUUUCCCAGAGUCAGAUGAAUGCGUGGACACCACUUUAAUAUACCUACAUCCAGUAUGAUAAAUGUGAGGUUGUUUCAUUAGCACAUUGACUGGACAGCAUUCAGUCAUGCUGCUUAGCAGGUGACCAACUUUUGACAGCGUUUCUUGCACCCAGUUUCUUGCUGGAUAUUUCACUCUGUUGAAAUAUCCAGCAACAUGGCACCCUACAUUCUACUUUUGCCUUGCCUUUGGAGCUAGGUAGAGUCACUCCCGGUCGGUCCCUGGAUGAAAGACUAAAUGUUGCUGCAAGUGGUGUUGGAGUGCCAGUAGGGGGCACUCUUCCCUAUGGUCUAUAUAACAACCCAAAUGCCCCAAGGUAGUGAGCAUCCAACUGGCUCAUUCCCCAAAUAUUUGCAGUUCAUGAAAAUUAGUUGUCAGUCAAUAUGGCCAGUAAAAUAACAGUGAAUAAAUAAUAAAAUGUAAAAUAAAUGCUGAAAUCCUGAAUUAUCCUUUAAAUGUCAAACUUUGCUCAUGAUUCAUUGUUAUUAUUUUAAAAUCUGAAAAGGUUUUUCAAAGAGUAACUAGAUAUCAGUUUUAGAAACAGCAGUAGGCAGUAUAUGCUUUGAAUGACUACAGGAGCUCAGACUUUAGUUAAGAACCUGUGGGUUUAAAGUGCAGGGACAAAUUUAUCCUGCCAAAAAAUGAAAUGUGUUACAGGACUUUUCAACAGAAAAAAGCAAACAAAACAAAAACAGUUCAAAAUAUGUUUGAUGAUUUAGUUCUGUUCAGUUUGUGUUUGGUGAAACAAUCCACAACUUAAUAUCUUGUUUGGAAAAUGUAUGAAUAUAAAUACACCCCAGCAGUCUCACAAUCCCUGGAUGCCUAAAGCAACCUGUUUAACCACUCAACCACAAAUAGAAAAAACUAUUUGACUGCCAUUUGAAUGUCUCUGGUGAAAACACAUUCCAGAAACAUUUGAAUGUGUGUUUCUGGAACAGGAAGAACCUAUGCUCAGAGCUUCACAGCAGUACAUAUGGCUGCAGUGCAGCUUUACGCGCUGUAGUGUGUUAUAACUAAAUGAUUGAAAGAUGAGUGUUGGUGUUUCGUGUGCUAUAAAGCUGAGGACAGAUAUUGAAUUGAAAGGUUCAGAUUUACCCCCAUGUUAUUUUUAUCACUAUGGGGAAUAGGAGGAAUCCAGUGGACUUCCUUCUCCUUGUCUCCUUAAAUGCUGAUCUUGAAACUGUAAAGAGUAGAGUCAUCUCUUCAGCAGAAAAAAAUUAAAUGUCCUUACAUUUAUUUUUUUUGGGGGGGUGGGCAAAGAUUUGGUAAGAAAUAAUGGUUUGGUUUAAAAAUACUGUAAAAUCACCAGCUCAAAGGAGUUUAAUUUAGGAAAUCUGUUCCUGUAUAAUUUCCACACAAAAAAGAGACUAGAUCAUGUAUUAGCGUGCUGUCUCUCCUUCAACAGAUGUUCUGCAUAACACAUUUUUAUAUACAAUUAUUAUUGAAAUUAUUAUUAUGUUAAAAUACAAUAUAUUUUUGGGCUUACUAAGAUACAUUUGUAAUAUACAGGUAUUUUUAUAAUAAUAUUCCAGCACCACCAACCAUCCACUCUGAAUCUAGUGGCCCUGAUGCUCUUAUGUGAAUUAAUACAGACAGUAAUUCUGAAAAGAUGGAGACCAGGACAAGGAUUCUUUGGAAGUGUUAGGACUCCUGACCCCAAACCAAGCUCCUAGGCCCUAGCUGUAUACUAAAUACUAAGUGUAGAUCUUAAGUCAUUGCAUAGGUUUAAGUGUGAUGAAAGUCCAACUACACUAAAAUACUUUUUCUGUGUAAUUAAUUCAGAUCUGAAUCUAGUGCCUAGGGGUAUAGCUAGGGGUAGAUUUAGAAAUGGGCAAAAGGUUGGACCUAGAUUGUUCCAGGUCAGCCCCCAUAGACUACACUUUGACCUGGCGUUCGGGGAAAACGGGACAGAAUGUAUGUUACAAAACAAACUGGAUCAAGUGCACUGUAAAUAUGAAUAUGAAGUUCAUUGAUGUGAUUUUUUUUUAAGUCCAUAUAUAAUUUUACCCUGCUUUUAUUAUUUAGAUUUAAACAACUGCAUUUUGAAUUUAUGAUCGUGUUUUGUAAUUUUAUUUGCACUAAAUAUUAACAAAAUAAACUU